AGGUUGAGGGCUCGCUACUAAGGUACAUUUUGCUGGGCCAGGCUGGGCGGGGUCCCCGGGAUGGGCAGUCCUCUCGACGAGCGGCGACGCCGUGGUUGAGUCUAGAAAGCUAGAGUCGCUGGACAGCUAUCGCGGGAGCGCGGAGGGAAGUGGGAGGUCUGGACGGGGCGUGCACGUGUUGGAGGUCUCGCUCCGCGGUCGUGCUGGCCCUGGCCAAAGAACCUUCUGCGGGUCAGGCUGCUGUUGCCGGUGCUGUUCCCAGUACUUCCUCUGGGGUAUUUUUUCAGUAAAAGCCGAACGCCCUUGCUCAUUUUCAGGGAAAGACCUGUUUCCUCCUGCUCUUCCCUCUCCACGGAUACUCUCCCCACCGCCUGCUGGGUUUAGUAUAAUCCUUUUGUAGGCCAGAAAGCAGAUUUUCACUUGGGAAGAGACGACCCGUAGUAUGGGAUGUGGUAUGAUACCAGCAACUGGUCUAUUAUAUAAUUUAAACCACAUGGCUGUCUAAAGAGGUAUUUGGCUGUUAUAAAUAAAAUGGUGAUGAACAUGUGUACAGGUGUUUGUAUGGACAUAAGUUGUCAUUUCUCUUGAGUGGAUACCUAAAAGUGGGCUUGCUGGAGUUUUACUACCCUUGGAUGCUGCUGUUGAUAUGGAAAAGAUUGAGGAACAAUUUGCUAAUCUGCACAUUGUUAAAUGUUCCUCAGGAACCAAAGAGUCCACUUACCUUCUUGGUAUAGACACAUCAAAGACUGUCCAAGCAGGAAAGGAAAACUUGGUUGCUGUUUUAUGUUCUAAUGGAUCAAUCAGAAUAUAUGAUAAAGAAAGGUUAAAUGUACUACGAGAAUUUAGUGGAUGUCCUGGACUUCUUAAUGGAGUCAGAUUUGCAAAUUCCUGUGACAGUGUAUAUUCAGCAUGUACUGAUGGCACUGUAAAAUGUUGGGAUGCUCGAGUAGCCAGAGAAAAACCUGUUCAGCUCUUCAAGGGUUACCCUUCCAAUAUUUUUAUCAGUUUUGAUAUUAAUUGUAGUGAUCACAUUAUUUGUGCUGGUACAGAAAAAGUUGAUGAUGAUGCAUUGUUGGUGUUUUGGGAUGCAAGGAUGAAUUCUCAGGAUUUAUCUACAACUAAAACUAAAGACCCACUUGGUGCAUAUUCAGAGACACAUAGUGAUGAUGUCACUCAAGUACGUUUCCAUCCCAGCAAUCCCAACAUGGUAGUCUCAGGUUCAUCUGAUGGCCUGGUAAAUGUAUUUGAUAUUAAUAUUGAUAAUGAGGAGGAUGCACUGGUUACAACCUGUAACUCAAUUUCAUCAGUAAGCUGUAUUGGUUGGUCUGGGAAAGGUUAUAAACAGAUUUACUGCAUGACACAUGAUGAAGGAUUUUACUGGUGGGAUCUUAAUCAUCUGGAUACUGAUGAACCAGUUACACGUUUGAACAUCCAGGAUGUCAGAGAAGUAGUUAACAUGAAAGAAGAUGCUUUGGACUAUUUGAUUGGUGGCCUAUAUCAUGAAAAGACAGACACAUUGCAUGUUAUUGGAGGAACAAACAAAGGAAGGAUUCAUUUGAUGAACUGCAGGAUGUCAGGACUGACCCACGUGACUAGCCUUCAGGGAGGGCAUGCUGCUACAGUCCGUUCUUUCUGUUGGAAUGCGCAAGAUGAUUCUUUGUUGACUGGAGGAGAAGAUGCACAGUUGUUACUUUGGAAACCUGGAGCUAUAGAGAAGACCUUUACAAAGAAAGAGAGCAUGAAAAUAGCGUCCUCUGUGCACCAGCGAGUACGAAUUCAUAGUAAUGAUUCUUAUAAAAGAAGGAAAAAGCAGUGAUAAUGCAUUUGGCACUUUGUUUGACAUUUGGGCUCCUUCUACCUCUUGCCAAUUGGGAGUAACACUGCAGUGAACAUGGGUGUACAAAUAUCUCGUCAAGAUCCUGCUUUCAGUUCUUUUGGAUAUAUACUCAGAAGUGGAAUUUCUGGAUCAUAUGGUAAUUCUAUUUUUAGUUUUUUGAAGAAUCAUGUUAACUUUUAAACAAAUAGCCCCAUUCUCACGGACUAUAGUGCAAUAUGUGAAGAGGUGGCAUAUUGCCUUCCCUCUAAUUAAAUUGAAAAUAGCAAUCAUGCUCAUAUAUAACCAUUAAAAUAUGUUUAAACUUCUUACUUAAGAUGCAUCAGUUACACUGUUGGCAACUGUAGAUGCUUUCAUUUCCUCCCAGUCUCAGUCAACAAGCUGUUCUUUACUUUUAACAAUGCCCUCCCCCAAUAUCAGGGUCACUAGAGCAGAAGAUUCCUGAUGGAAGGACCUGUGUUGUUCAGUACUGUGCCCCAAGUAACUAGCACAGUAGCUGGCAUAGAAUAAGCACUCAAAAAGAAUGGAUACAUGAACCAGUGAGUGCAUGAAUAAGAAGAUCAUGUUGCUAGGAAUAGUGUAAAAAAUUGAACUUAGCCCCAGGAGUGAGAGAAAAGUACCUCUUGUUCCAGCAAGCAGGAAGUGGAACACAGAUGGCAAAGAGACAUUUGAUGACAUGAAUUUUGCCGGAAUGAUGAUACCAACCGUAGGAUGAAUUCUGAGUAAAGCCCUGAUGAUCACACAGGAUCACACCAGCCAUGAAGAUUUGAGGAGUUGGGAAACCCAUGGAAUGCUAAUGAUAAGGUCCUUUCAGAUUAAUGGGAUUGCGCCCUAGGAAGAAAAACCCAAGGGAAUGCUAAUAGUGCAGGACCUGCUUCCCCUUCUCUUCUGCCACACAGCAUGGACUCUGGGGUUUGGGUGGGUGGGGCCAGGAGCAUUGGAAGCAAAAGCAUUGUCACACCAAGUGGAAGAUUCCCUGCUGGCUAGCUUGCUGCACACAAGCCUCACUGAAGCCCUCUGAUGGGGACUGGAGUGUGAAGUAAAGAGGGGAUUCAACACACCAAGAGUAGUUAUCAUCUCACAAAGGAAGCAAGCUCUCCUGCUGAAGGCUGCUGUCUUUACAUCUUUGCACUUGAUACAUAAUCUUAGGAAAUGAACUGGAGAAAAUGGGAUUACACUGUAUCAAUAGAAAUUAAACUUAGAACAAAAAUUGCAUAAUUUAUAAAGGGUAUAUAGGCCCUGGAACAAAUUGUUCAGUGGAAAUGAUGCUGUCACAUAUCUGAAGCAUUAAUGAAUCGUAAGUUCACUUCCAUUCAAAUGAGAUGAAAUUCAAGUGAAAAAUACCUUUUAAUAGGCAUAUCCCCCCAAAGGGAUAAAAGACAAGUUUGGGCUGCUUAGUGAUUACAUGAAAUAGUUUCUUAUUCCCUUAGUCAAGAGUUUAAAUUUCACUAACAAAUCAAUACAGUGAAUAGUGGAAUCUUUUAUUUAUUGCUUUAUAGAGGAGUCAACUUGGCUUAAUAGAAAACUCACUAAACUUGGGCUCAGAAGAUCUGCAUUCAGAUAUUAGUAUUGCCUGGACCACAUUAGCCUUUUAGAAUGAUCAGUUUCCAUCACACGCACUGCCAACAGUGUGAGACAAAUCUGACCGUGUUUCUCCCCAACGUAAAAUUCUUCAUGGGGGUAAUUUUAUGCCUAUAGGGCAAAUCCUGAACAUCUCUGUAUAAUACAGUCUUUCAUUAUUUGACUCCUUCUUACCUAACCAGCCUUAACUUAACAUCAUUUGCCCCUCACUUCACGUCAAGCGAUACUGAACGGUAGGUAGUUCUUUCGGGAUAUACCAUGCUCAUUCAUGCUUACUCUGCUUGAAAUUCUCUCUUCACUCAUUUGGCAAACUUUUACUCAUUUUUUCUGUCUCCGCUUAACUGCCACUUCUGUAUCGGCAUGGUGGCUCUCACCUGUAACCCCAGCACUUUGGGAGGCCAAGGCAGGCAGAUGGCUCGAGCUCAGGAGUUUGAGACCAGUCUGGGCAGCAUGGCGAAACUCUGUCUCUUUAAAAAAAAUACAGAAAAACUAACUGGGUGUGGUGGUGCACACUUGCAGUCUCAGCUACUUGGGAGGCUGAGGUGAGAGGAUUGCUUGGGCCCAGGAGGUGGAGGUUGCAAGUAGCCGAGAUUGGGCCACCAUACUCCAGCCUGGGCAACGGAACAAAAGCCAUCUCAAAAAAAAAAAAAAAAAAAAAAAAAUCAAACGAAGUGUAAAAAUUAAAAGUAAAACGUCCCUUAAAAACAUACUCCCGACACGGGUGGCUCAUGCCUGUAAUCCCAGCACUUUGGGAGGUGGAGGUAGGUGGAUCACUUGAGGUCAGGAAUUCGAGACGAGCCUGACCAACAUCGUGAAACUCUGUCUCUACCAAAAAUACAAAAAUUAGCGGGCAUGGUGGCAGGCACGGGUAAUCUCAGCUACUGGGGAGGCUGAGGCAGGAGAAUUGCUUGAAUCUGGGAGGCAGAUGUUGCAGUGAGCUGAGAUGGCACCACUGCACUCCAGCCUGACUGUCUUAAAUAAAAACAACACCACGUACUCCCAAAGAUACCUUUUGUUAAUGUAAGAACAGGGACCAUAAGUUCCCAUCUUUGAAUGUUCAGGACAUAGCAAUGCCUGGUGCAUAAGAUUCUUCAAUAAAUAAUGUUGAAUGAAUGAAUUUAUAAAACGGAGACGGCAUAAUUGACUGUACUAGCCAACAGUGUUGUAGUGAUGGAAUCAUGUAAGAUAAUGAAUAUGAAAGUUCUCUGAACGCUGGAAAGCAUUGUGUAAGUACAAAAUUGUGUGAUAAUGGGCCCGACGUGGUGGCUCAUGCCUGUAAUCCUAGCACUUUGGGAGGCAGAGGCAGGUGGAUCACCUGAGGUCAGGAGUUCGAGACCAGCCUGACCAACAUGGUGAAACCUCAUCUCUACUAAAAAUACAAAAAUUAGCCGGGUGUGGUGGCGCACGCCUGUAAUCCCAGCUACUUGAGGGGCUGAGGCAGGAGAAUCGCUUGAACCUGGGAGGUGGAGGUUGCAGUGAGCUGAGAUCAUGCCACUGCACUCCAGCCUGGCAACUAGUGAGACUCUAUCUCGAAAAAAAAAAAAAUGUGUGAUAAGUGGCUAAUACCUCUGCACCUCAUUUUAUUUGACUGUUACUACCAGGCAAACUUAGUUUCAAUGAUGAUGAUGAUGGUGAUGAUGGCUAACAUUUGUUGAGCACUUCUAAUAUCCAGAGCAUUAUAUUAAAUAUUUCACCCAUAUUAAAUCAUUUAAUCCUUAUAACAAAGGGUAGGGGAUCGUCAUUUCCACAUUUUUUUCAUAUGAGGAAACUAAGGCCCAGAGAAGUUGUAACUUGCCCCCGCAAAUGACAGAGGUAGUAAGUAAUACAGCCAGAACUUCAACUCAGGCAAUCUGGCAUCUGAGUCAGCACUGUUAACCAAUUCAUAUUACUGCCUCUUACACAAAGUCCUGAGGAUGAGCCCAGGAGCUCAUUCUUUCCCAUCCCUACAUUGCUUCUUGCUCCAGUUUUGGAAUCAUAAUCAACUUUACUUCUGUGAACCUCUGUUUUCUCAUAUAUAAAAUGGGCAUAUUAGUGGUUCUUAUCUCACAAAGUUGUUUGCAAGGAUUAUCUCUAACACUGCCUGUCUAAGUUCAUUUUGUGUUGUUAUAAUACAACAAAUGGGGUAAUUUAUAAAGAAAAAAAUUAGGCCGGGCGCGGUGGCUCACACCUAUAAUCCUAGCACUUUGGGAGGCUGAGGCGGGCAGAUCGUGACAUCAGGAGUUUGAGACCAGCCUGGCCAACAUGGUGAAACCCCGUCUCUACUAAAAGUACAAAAAUUAGCUGGGCAUGGUGGUGUGCACCUGUAGUCCCAGCACUUUGGGAGGCUGAGGCAGGUGGAUCACCUGAGGUCAGGAGUUUGAGACUAGCCUGACCAAUGUGGUGAAACCCCAUCUCUACUAAAAUUACAAAAAUUUGGCCGGCCGUGGUGCCGUGUGCCUGUAGUUGCAGCUACUUGGGAGGCUGAUACAGGAGUUUGAACCCAGGAGGCAGAGAUUGCAGUGAGCUGAGAUCAUGCCACUGCACUCCAGCCUGGGCGACAGAGAGAGACUCUGUCUCAAAAAAAAGAAAGAAAAAAAUUAUGCCGGGCACAGUGGCUCACACCUGUAAUCCCAGCACUUUGGGAGGCUGAGGCAGGCAGAUCACGAGGUCAGGAGUUCGAGACCAGCCUGGCCAACAUAGUGAAACCCUGUCUCUACUAAAAAUACAAAAAUUAGCUGGGCGUGGUGGUGUGCUCCUGUAGUCCCAUCUACUCAGGAGGCUAAGGCAGGAGAAUCGCUUGAACCCGGUUCAAGUGAGGUUGCAGUGAGUCGGGACUGCGCCAUUGCACUCCAGCCUGGGUGACAGAGCAAGACGCCAUCUCAAAAAACAAAAACAAAAAAUAAACAAAAGGAACAAAAUUAUUUUGUUCAUGCCUCUGAAGGCUGGGAAGUUUGACAGCAUGGUGUCAGCAUGUGCUCAACAUUAUGUAAUGGCCUUCUAGCCCAUUAUCCCAUGGCAGAAGGCUGAAAGGAAAAAGAGCACUCACAUGUGCAAGACAGAAAUUGAACUCACAGCCUCAAGCCUUUUUAUAAUUGGCAUGAAUCCAUUCAUGAGGGUGGAGCCCUUAUAACCUAAACACCUCUUCUUAGCCCUCAACUCCCAACACUGUUGCAUUGGGGAUUCAGUUGCCAACACAUGCUUUUGGGGGACACAUUCAAACCAUAGCACUGCCUCAGGUAGCAAUGCCAAGAAGGCAAUCAAACCUAGAGCCCAGGGUUAGUGAUUGUUUAUU